AUGGCUCCACCUCAGAACGCAAGCCGACCAACACCGACAUCUCGUGGCUUUACACAAUUGUCGGAGGGUCAUCUCGACGACGACUCUGGUCCUCCUCCUGGUCCCUCGGGUCCUAUGUGGAGUGAAGAAAAUGAAGUUAAAUCUAAAAAUACCUUUACCACUCAAUGGAUGAAAAUAAAUCACAGUUCGGAGAAAUCAGUAUUUCCGAGGUUGACAAUGAUAUUAAAGUAUUUAAAAUUGUAUUGUCGUAAUUCUAGUUUAAACAGUCUAAAAUAUCUUGCCGAUUCUCAGAGACCUUGGUUCGAAAGAAUUUUAUGGGUCAUAAUACAUAACCUAACUAUAUCUUUUCUGGUGGUUAUUGUUUAUACUUCUUAUCAAGAAUACGUGACAACGCCUUUAGUGACUUCCAUGGAAACAGAUAAUUACAAAACGACCAACUUGAGCUUUCCAGGUAUAAAAAUUAAGCUAUUUCCCAGAACUUGCAUGUAUGCAUGUAACUGA